GUCAAUCGGCCAGGUUUACAAAACCGACAGAAUUAUACUGCGACAUUAGGGGAACAGAAUGGUGUGGCUUUAUUUGCUGGGAAUAACAUGUGGUUUAAUCGUAGCAUUUGUAAUAUUCAGCAAGAGAAGACACGGGUAUUUUAAGCAGCUAAAUAUUCCUGGCCCAGAACCUGCUCCGUUUUUAGGAAUCAUUCCUUUAAUUAAGAAAAAGGGGAUUGCUAAAACAGAUUUGGAAUUGUUGUCAAAAUACGGAAAAAUAGUCGGAAUUUUUGUUGGACACAGACCUUGUUUAUUGACGAGUGAUGCUGACUUUAUUCACGAAGUCUGUGUAAAGAAGUUUAAUUGCUUCAGAAACAGAGCGAGCAUUAUGAACCUGGGCUGUACUCUGCAGUCGGCUGUUGCCCUGACAAAGGAUGAGAAGUGGGAGUUCCUUCGUAGGAGAUUGGCGCCAUUAUUUUGUCCGGCAAAACUAGAAAAAUCAGGUGUACUAUCCAUCGUAAAUGAAUGUGCGGAUGAAUUGGUGGAUCAUAUAAAGGAAUUGUCUAUGGCAAACAAAAAUGGCUUCGAUUUUUACGAAGCGUGUGCCUAUUACUCAAUGGACGUUUUGUGUACCUCUCUAUUUGGCCAUCGUGUGACCAGCCAUAAAAAUCCUAAUGAAGAUUUUGUCAGAAAAGUUCUUGAAGCCUUUAACGCUGGCAAUAAAGAUAUUGUAAAGCCAGUAACACUAUGUGCAAUACUUCCCUGUUUGCGGCUCUGGUUCCAGUGUAAAAAUUACAACCCUAUCUCCAAGGUCACCAGGAAGUUUUUCAAUGAUCAGAUGACGGCAGAAAUAGAGAAGAGGGAUAACCCAGAUAAUAAAUGUAAUGACCUUCUUCAAAGUAUGCUGGAAGCCGACAGCAACUCAAACACUACCAAGGAAAGGAAGGGGAUAAACCUAGAUCUAAGCAUUUCCGACCUAACGGCUAAUAGCUUAUUCUUCGUCUUGUCCGGAUACGAAACGGUGGCUAAUGCACUAGGACUGACAGUUUUAUGUCUAGCAGUACAUCCUGAAUGCCAGAAGAAAUUGAUAAAUGAAAUCAGAGCAUGUUUAAAAACAUCAAACUCUGAUUGUCACAAAGAG